GAAACUGACAGCGUUAUAGCCGAGAGAAUGGUGUGUGAGCUCUGCGUAUCACCCUCUUACCAUGGUUUGACAGUCAGAUGGAUCUGGGUUUUUUCUAUGGAUGUUUGGUGACGCUUUGUUUGCUGUCAGCUGCGCAGUGCUCACUCACCGAACGGUGUCCCUGUAAUGGUAUCCCAGAGUUCAAAGGAGACGGGAUCGGACAUCUGAUGGGACACUGUCACCAAGAACCAAAAAUGGAGUUACGCUACGCAUGCAAAGAUGGCUACAGGAGAAAGGCAGGGACUUCAAAUCUUCUUAAAUGUCAACUAUACGGAUGGAAAACUCCUAAUCUGAUAUGUAUUCCUGAUCCAAAGAGAAAUCCUGCAAAGACAACAUCAGAUCCAUCCACAACCACUCUAAAACCAUCUGUUGCCAUGACAACAAGCUCAUGUCGCAACAGAACAACGAGCCCUGCCAUUGGCCCGUCAGCAAGUAAGUAUGAUCCAUCCACGACCACUGUGAAGCCACCUAUUGCCAUGACAACGAGCUCUGGUCCUAAAAGAAUAACAAGACCACCCAUCGUCCCAACAGCAAGCAAGUCGUCGGGCAAAACAACCACAGUCAUCAGCUGCAGUACCAUAGUGAUUCUGAUUUUCGGUGGCGGGAUUUGCUUCGUGUGUUAUCGACGGAGGAGGAGGUGGAUACACAGCAACAUUCCCAGGGGAAGGGAAGAAGUCAUACCUAUGAAUCCCACUUCUUAGAAGACACUCCAAAGCUUCAUGUGGACCGAUUGAGCGCAGAUUCAUCUUUGGAACAAAGAGAAAAUAGCAUCUCUGAGUACCGUCCUCAAGUAUGGAGGAGUAACAACUCCUGUUUAGAAGACACUCCACAUCACAGUGGUUCACAGAGGGAUGACCAAAAUAGCCAUCAAACAUCUGCAUGGACCAGUUGGGUUUGAUGCCCAUCAUCCGUCUGUGAGGCAAUCUUGACAGUUGCUGACUCAGCAAACACACACGAGCAAUGUCUGCAAAGGAGAAUCAAUGUUCGCUGUCACAUCAAGUGUUACAGCCGAGUAUAUCUUUAAUGUGUUAUAGUCUAGCUCUCCAGUAUUUUGUUGACCCUUAGGUGGCAAGACAUUUGGUGAGCAGCUGUGUUGAGCAGAUACUCCGUCCUUUAACUUUGGUUACAUAGCUGACUUCAUUUGUGUAAUGUCACAUCAGAUGUUUAGUCACCAAGAUACUUAACCUGAGGCAAUCACUUCUUAGAGGCAGAGGUGCUGAUUCGCAUCCAAGCUGUGAACUGUUGCAGUGCUUUUUGGUGCCUUUGGACUCAUUUGUGUGAUGAAGAAUGAGAUGAAAGGUGAAUGUCUCAGUUAUCCAUGUUCCUUGUCUCAGCUGUGCUUUGCAUCAGAAGACAUGUACCAGUAUUUACUGUGGUACUACUGUAUGCUUUGAUUCUGAAUAUUGCCCAAGCUUGGUCUGCCAUGAUGAGCCUCUGAUGCUGGUGCAUACCAGUUAUAGCCAGUAGUGAUGGGCUGGUGAAGCUUCGUGAAACAAUGUCCUCAUUUUCAGAGCCCACCAGAUGGCGCUCUCUGCUCUAAAAUAUUUUGGAAAACCAUUUCAGUGAAACUUCACGUCAUUUUAUUAUUUAGGGCACCACCUUCUGAAAAUGUGGACAAGGUUUCAUGAUGCCCCAGUAGCCCAUCAAAAAUAGCCUGGUUUUGAUUUUUAUAUUUAUUAAAACACAAGUAUCCAGUACUAUUUCAUAUCUCAGACAGUAAGCAACUCAUGUAACAUAGUUGACAUCAAAUGCUUUUUCUCACUUUCGUCCAAUUAACAGCAGUGACUCACAAAGGACUUGUGUCUGGCAGAAGGUGCUUGUUCAAGUGAUCUUAAAUAAACACUACCAAAUGCAUGUCUACCUUCACGAUGAUGCAAAUCAAAGUUUGGAGGUAACCUGGUAAUUCUAGGAGUGUUCGCCAGCAUAACGUGAUUAGUAAGUUGUACACAAGUACUAGCAACCAACAUUUUGCACAGGUGUUAUCGGUGUGAAAAGGCGCAUGUGGCAUCACUUCUAGCAUUCAUGUUGUAAACAAAUAUAAAGCUGCUACUUAAACCCAUGUAUAUAGAGGUUCUAAAACUCACUGUGUGUUUCAUUUGAGAACAA